GGGUCUUCUCUCAAACAUGUGAAAUUGGAAGUCGCAGUAGAGCAAGCCUUGCACUCAGAGCCGCCAUGGCCAUGUCUGCAUCCUCCUCUUCCACUUCCUCUAACCUCUUCUGCACAAAACCCACUCCAAAAUCACUUUUUCUACUACCCCGAAACCCUAACCUUCGUUUCAGAGCCGCGCCAUUUCUACCUUGCAUCAGAGCCCUCAUUACCCCAUCAGCUCCUUCGAUACUUGGUGUUGAAACCACUGAGGAAAAAUCCAAAAAUGAAGACUGUGGGUUCCUGCAUUUUGCAAAGUAUCAUGGCCUGGGCAACGAUUUCAUCAUGGUUGAUAAUAGAGAUUCUAUGGAGCCCAUGGUGACCCCAGAGCAGGCGGUGAAGCUCUGUGAUAGAAACUUUGGAGUUGGGGCUGAUGGUGUGAUAUUUGUGAUGCCCGGCGUUGACGGAACGGAUUACUCCAUGCGUAUAUUCAAUUCCGAUGGCAGUGAGCCAGAGAUGUGUGGGAAUGGGAUCCGGUGCUUUGCUCGAUUUAUUGCUGAACUUAAGAAUCUACAGGGAUCUCAAAGCUUUACCAUUCACACUGGUGCUGGUCUAAUAGUUCCAAGAGUUGAAGAUGAUGCCAAGGUUACAGUUGAUAUGGGUCAGCCAGUGCUCAGAGCAUUAGCUGUACCUACAAAAAUACCAGCAAAUAAAGAUGAUGCUGUCAUUGGGGCAGAAUUAUUAGUUGAAGGAAAAACAUGGAAUGUGACAUGUGUUAGCAUGGGAAAUCCUCAUUGCGUUACAUUUGGUGCGAAACAAUGUAAUGCACUACAGGUUGAUGACUUGAAGUUACAGGAUAUUGGUCCAAAGUUUGAGCAUCAUGAAAUGUUUCCCUCUAGAACAAACACAGAGUUUGUGGAGGUUAUAUCGCGCUCUCACUUGAAGAUGCGGGUUUGGGAACGAGGUGCUGGAGCCACAUUAGCCUGUGGAACUGGAGCUUGUGCAAUUGUUGUUGCGUCUGUCCUUGAGGGUCGUUCUGAGAGGAAAUGUGCUGUAGACUUACCUGGCGGCCUGUUGGAGAUUGAGUGGAGAGAGGAUGACAACCAUGUGUAUAUGACUGGUCCUGCAGAGUUGGUAUUUUAUGGGUCAGUUCCUUUGUGAAAAAUCAAUUCAUCAAAGGAAUGAUGAAGCAUGAAGAACCUCUCACCUUAUGGGAGCUUUAUAUCGAUUCUCUGUUCAUCAUUAUCAGUCUUUUCUGUCGGUUAUUUUAGGAUUUGCAGUUUCAUUUACUGUAAACUAGUGUUGUACCAUGUUCUUCACGGUUAUUCUUUUUUGUACUGUAUUUCCAUGUUAUUUAGUUAUUUACCAUACAAGGAAGUUGAUUUGAUUUGGAGACAUCUCUUUUCAGUUUUUACAAGGUAAUGCCAUUUUCUUGUAACCACAUCAACUAGUGUCCAUUGCCAUAAGAUGAACAUGGAAAAGUUUUAGAGAACAUGGUUGCCCUAGCUGCAUAACAUAAUUGGGAAGACUUGUAACGGAAUCAGGACUUGUAACAGGGUUGGUACGACUUGUUCAACUGGAGAAACUAAAUAUAUGACCGACUGCAAUGUGCAGUCCUAUUGUUGCACA